GGAAGAGGGAGGGUUUGAGAGAGGAAAGUAGACAGGAGCUGGAGUUUAGGUUUUCUAAGCAUCUGGAUAACCGGCUGGACGCGCCGAGGAAGAAGAAGGAUUUAUGGAAAAGUGUCUCAAAACUGAAGAAAAGAAAGAAGAAGUACAUUAGAAGAGCAGUCGAGGAGGCAGAAGAGCAACACAAGGAGGAGAAAGUGAUUUUUCUAACGGGACAGGAGAGCCACUGGACUGAGCAGCAGGAAUGUUGCCGGUGAUCCUGACGGUUUACCUCAACGACACCCAGCAGAUGCUAACUGAGGUACCAGUAACUCCGGCAACCAGAGUGAUUGAUGUGGUUGAGUACUGUAAAGAGGCCGGCGAGGGAGAGUGUCACCUAGCUGAAGUAUGGAACGGGCAUGAGCGAGUUCUCCCUCAGGAGUUGUUAUUGUUGGAUCUUCUUCAGCAGUGGGGGGCCAGGAGGCCAGAGGUCAGCUUCUACCUCAGACACUGCCCCGCCUGGACACAAGGAAGUCAGCAACCUCUGGAGCAGAGCUGGACCACAGAGGCAACAGAGAGUGCUAAUGACAAUGUUCCCCGUGUGGAGUUGACCCUCUCUGAGCUCCAGGAAAUGGCCACAAGACAACAGCAACAAAUAGAGGCUCAGCAACAGAUGUUGGUCGCCAAGGAGCAGAGACUGAGGUAUCUUCAGCAGGGAGGCAGACCCAACCAGGGACAGACACAGUCUGAAGCUGAGAAGCUGCAGCGGCUGAAGGAGCGAGUGGAGACUCAGGAAGCAAAGCUGAAGAAGAUCCGAGCCAUGAGAGGGCAAGUGGACUACAGCAAACUGAUCAACGGAAACCUCUCUGCUGAGAUUGACCAUGUGAGCAGCUUGUUUCAGGAGAAACAGGCAGAGCUGCAGUCUGCAGUGAUCAGAGUCGACCAGUUGACUCAACAAUUGGAGGAUUUAAGAAGAGGACGCCUUCAGCUACACUCAUCUCAGGGGGCACCCACUGGGCCCCAAGGUGCAACCACUGGCCACAAAGGAUCACCUCUGUCUGGCCCUGCAGCCCUGGAGCUGAGGAAACUUUACCAGGAGCUUCAGGCUCGUAACCGUCAUAACCUUGAGCAAAGCAGCAAAUUGGCUCAGAACAAGGAGCUGUUGAACAAGAGAAAUGCCCAGGUGACGGUGAUGGAUCAACGCAUCGGUGACCUGAGGGAACGCCUGCAUAAGAAGAGAGCAGAACUGAGUCGUAUGAAUGGUGGAGGCCUGUCCUCCCCUCAGACCUCGUCCCACCCUAGUGCUGGAGUUUCAGGUCGAGUUGCGGCUGUCUGCCCCUACAUCCAGGUUCCAGCUGAGGGGAGACAGGAGGCGGGUUACCCCCUGCCAGCUGACCCGCCACCCAAACCCACCCCACUCAGCCACAUCCGCUCGGUCUCAGAGGAGGACAGGAGUGGCAUCAGGAAGCCUCCCAGCCAAUGGAAAGUGUCAGAUUUAGACAUCGUCCUGUCAGAGCCCACUGAGUCAUGGGAGGGACCCGGGUCCCCUCAAGGGGGCAACAGUAACAACACCAAUGAAGCUUCAUGGCCCAGCAUCAGUAAGAGUGUACCAGAUUGGAGGACCAACAGUCCAGAACAGCUGCCCUCUGGUUAUGGUACUUACCCCAGUGCCACCCACCAGGCAACGGGGCAUCACUGUGCCACUAGCUCCCUGCCCCGUUCUGCCCCUGGUACACUGGGCUGGCCCCGAUCCAGCGCUGCCAAUGCCACCUCCUCCUCUUCAUCAUCUUCCUCUUCACAGCAAAUACAGCAGCGUAUUUCUGUCCCUCCUAAUUCAAGUCAAGGUUCUGCCACCACCUCCCAGCCCUCUCCACUGUCCCCACAAACAGAGCGGACAGAUCCCCCUCCAGCAGUGGCUGUUCGUCCCUACGUUCCGGAUCAUCCCUCCAGGCCACAGUCCCCCAGGAAGGGCCCCGCCACUAUGAACAGCAGCUCCAUCUAUAGCAUGUACCUCCAACAGCCUCAAGUCAAAAACUAUGGGUCGCUCAGUAACAGAGCUACUGUCAAAGCAGUCUAUGGUAAACCCAUCCUGCCCACCUCCUCCACUUCUCCGUCCCCUGUGCCUUUCCUCCAGGGAGGAGGAAGAGCAGCAGCGGAGGAUGUUACGGAUAAAGAGGGAGGAAAAGGUGAAGGAGGAGAGAGCAGCGAUGGACAAAUUCUGCCACCCAGCGUGGACAACAUCCCUCGUCCUCUUAGUCCCACCAAGCUCACCCCAGUUGCCCACUCCCAGCUACGAUACCAGAGCGAUGCAGACCUGGAAGUUCUCCGGCGACGCCUCAGCAAUGCUCCGCGACCCCUCAAGAAACGGAGCUCAAUCACUGAACCUGAAGCUCCACAGGGCCCAAACAUUCAAAAAUUGCUGUAUCAGAGGUUCAACACGUUGGCGGGAGGCAUGGAGGGAAGCUCAAGCAACACUUUCUACCAGCCCGAAUGCCUUUUGGGUGAAAUGGACAGCAUCCAUUCAGCUAAUGGGAAUGUAGAGCCUGGUGACAAGCAUGGCAGCGUGACGGCCGUGGAGUCUGAAGUUCAAAACCUGAACUCAGAGUCCCGCCGCUUGUCUCCUCCUUCUGUUGGUGUGGAAACAUCCAAAGAGACAGCAGCAUCAGUCGGGAUGAGCAACAGCGUGUCUCCGUCCACCCAGCCCUGUCCAUCACCUGCCCCUGAUAAGCCAGAGGACCAGAAUAAUAACAACCAUCGAGGAUCUAGUCCUGCCCAAAACUCAGGAGGCCACGCCUCCCCUUCUCCAUCACCCCCUGCUCCACCGUCACAGCCUAAGGUGCCUAAGGCAAAGCGAACAAACCUGAAGAAGCCGUCAUCGGAGCGGACAGGCCACGGUCUGAGAGUCAAGUUUAACCCCCUCGCUCUGCUGCUGGAUGCAUCAUUAGAGGGAGAGUUUGAUCUGGUGCAGAGAAUUAUAUAUGAGGUGGAAAACCCCAGUAUGCCAAAUGAUGAAGGCAUAACUCCUCUUCAUAAUGCUGUCUGUGCUGGUCAUCACCAUAUUGUUAAGUUCCUGCUGGACUUUGGAGUGAACGUAAACGCAGCCGACAGUGACGGAUGGACUCCUCUGCACUGUGCGGCCUCAUGUAACAGCGUCCACCUCUGUAAGAUGCUGGUGGAGUCGGGAGCAGCCAUUUUUGCCACAACAAUUAGCGAUGUCGAAACGGCGGCAGAUAAAUGUGAAGAAAUGGAAGAAGGCUACACCCAGUGUUCUCAGUUCCUCUAUGGUGUGCAGGAGAAGUUGGGUGUAAUGAACAAAGGCUUAGUGUACAGUCUGUGGGACUACACCGCCCAGCAGUCUGAUGAGCUGUCCUUCAGUGAGGGUGACGCCCUCACCGUGCUACGUCGCCGUGACGACACUGAGACAGAGUGGUGGUGGGCGCGGCUGAACGACCGCGAGGGAUACGUACCCAGAAACCUGCUGGGGCUGUAUCCAAGGAUCAAGCCCAGACAACGCUCACUGGCAUAAAGCCCAGAUCAGGAGCCACACACACACAUGCAGAGGGUGCAUGCACUCAGAAAAGAAGAAGAAGAAGAGGAGGAGGGAGGAGCAGCACGGAGCAGAGAAAAACAGAAGAAAAGGGUGGAGGUAUUCAGGAGGCUGAGACAGAGAUUGGAUUUUGUUUUAUCCAUUCGCUUGGAUGCAACAGAGCCACUUUCUGGUAGAAGCAGAAUAUAUUUUCACUGAGUUGCUGAGGAAAUUACCUCUUGUUUUAAGCGAUUAUAGCUUGACAACUUUACAGGAGUUCAGCAGCAUGAGGGAUGCUGAAUAAAAAAAAUAUAUAUAUAUAUUAAAAAAAACUAAUGUCAUUUGGGUGCAGCUUCAAAUUCCACCCAGCUUCAAAAUAUGAAAACAUGAGCUCAGAGUUAUAAAGCUCUAUCUGACAUUCUUAAAUAUUCUUGAUCUUUAAAUGUCACUUUAUUUUUGUAUGGUGUUAAUAAAAAAAACAACAACAUCCAGAUGGAUGUUUGUAAUACCAACCUCAUCAACAGAAUGCAUUUUUUCUCAGUGGCAGUGAGCGUAGUAUGUCGUGAUUGCCUUCACACUGUGUGGAGGUUUUAAAUGCAGUAAACUUACAAGCUGGGUUGGGUGAACAUGUGUGUGAGAUGUGACAUAUGAAAGUGAAGCUGGAGAGAGAGAAGUGAGGAGAGAACGAACUUUGAAUGUGUGUCAGAGCAGCUUUGUUUAGUCAGAAAGUGGCUGUUGCUGGAGCAGCUGCUGCGUUAGUGAAAUUAGGGAGGAACAGUGUUGGAGGGGCAACCACGGGACGAUGACACACCGUAGCUGAGAUAUGCAGCAACCUACACAUCGAGCACGGUAACAGAGAAAAGGCUGUAUCAGUAGAAUAUUUUGAUUCUGAUUUCGGAAAGUGAUAUAAAAAGCAUCUGUAAACCAUUAGGGAUGUGUCAACCUUUGAGUAUUCUCUGUUUAUGUGGCUCAGUGCGAGCUGCCAUGUUGCCAUCUGUCCCACUGGUUGCUGCAGGAGAAAGAGGAGCAAAGGAAGGAAAACAAGAAUGUGGUACGAGGUGCAAACAGAAAGUAAGAUGAAGCAGUGUUUCCCAAACAUGAAAACAGCUCAGUGUUGAAGGAUUUAAUAUCCAUCAGUUUGCUGUAAAGUGUCACAUUAAAGCUCCUGUGGCUGCCUGGUGUUCAUUCUAUCUGCUGGAGCAAGUCCAGCCUCAUCGUGGCAUGAUUUAUACAAACCUGCAAAUUUUUAAAUGUGUCAGUGUUAUGAUGGGGCAAGAGGAGCCCAGACUGAAUGAAAACUCUGAAAUAACCUGACUUUUUCAGUGUCAGCUCUUUUUUUUUCACUGUUCACACUUUCAGUAGCUGUAUGGUAUGUAUUAUUCUCUUAUUUUUUUGCUUUGUUUAAAGUAAAACGUUGUUUUAUAUAACUAUUAUUAAUUUUACUGUUAUUAUUACUAGUGUACACUGCUCCUGUUUGUUUUGAUCUGUCAGUGCAGGCACCACUCACUGCUGCCACCCAGUGUACAGGAAGAUUUUACCGCAAAUAAAGCAUCAUCUCCUUGAACACAUGCUGUGUAAAAUACGAAGCAAUAAGGCAAGGGAUGCCUGAUGUAGGCGUGGAACAUUGUUCUGAGGAGUGCACACCAUUACUUUGUGUAUAUGCAACCUGUAACUAUACAGCUAAUGUACAAUAAUACCAAUAAAGAAAUUAUAAUCCCACAAAGAA